UUGUAUUUUGUUCUCUUUACAAAACUAACAAAUUGCUUUUUUUCGUGGUGGGAACCAAAACAAAACAGUCAAACAUUUUGGGAAAUUUUUGGUCAGAUAUUUUUUUUUUUUUUAAUGAAUUUUGUGUUAGGUAAAUUUGUAAAUGGCUAAAUGUUUGACUUGCGUUGGUGGGAAAAAAAUGGUUGUAAUUCAUCGCUUAAAAAAAAUUGAACAUCAGACAGGUUGACUUGCGCAAAUAAGAGCUGCCUCGCACUUUGCCGACUGAAAUUGAACGUUGAAGCAUGAGAGGGUUUUAUACUGCGCCGUGCUUUGACUAGCAUUCAUUAUUGAUCCCAUUUAAUGAAUUCCAAAGAGCUUGCAACCCGACGAUUAAUUAACCAGGAGUAUUAAUGAAGAGCGGGUGAAGCACCAUUUUACAGCUCUGACUCACGGCAACAAUCUCUGCAAGUUUUUAAGGGUUGGGAAAACACACUUAGGGGGACAAGAAACCCACCGAGUUUCAUCGGUCGCAUUGAAAAUCGAAUGUUUCUUUCGCCUUUUGAUCAGGUGGCACUCAAAAUCCGCGGGCUUCUUUUACUCUUGAUAAGGUCACUUUCAAGAUCAAUCGCGACGCUCUCUUGAUCAGCAUUCAAAAUCAACGCAUUUACUCGUGAUGAUUGUUGUUCAUCAGCCGUGUUCAUCAUCCUCAUCCUCAUCUCCAAUAUGGGCAAAAUAUUUGACACCCUCCUCCCUAGAAAACCAGGUGGAAUCCACUCACAUGGCGUAUACGUCAGCAAAAUCCAAAGUUGCAUACGUAGGCAGCUGGGGGAAUGCAUAGCAUUUUAUUGACAUUUAUUCGGCGGCGCAGGUGCACUUAAUAAUUUGACCACAGCCCUUACGCCGGCGUCUGCAGGUUUUCUCCUCUCAGCUGAUGAGGGCGAUGACGUAGGCAGCCGCGCGCGCGCGCGGGAAGGAGCCGACGCAACCAUUGGACGCCGCUACCAAAAAUAAUCAUAAUAAUGUAAAUCCCCCCCUCCCGCUAAAAAAAAAAAAAAUGAAAGAGAUGAGGAUGAGGAGGCGGUCACGGAGCGAUGCGGGAGAGCGUCACUGAAUGUAGAAGAGGAGAAAGAGGAACGUCGUGUGCGCGCCUUCCACGCCGGAGAUCGCUGAUUCACGGCUCGGCGCCCGAGCGCGAGCCGCUGCGAGCAUCCAUCACCGGCGAGGACCUUAAAAUACUCACCCUCGCUUCCUCUUCCUCUCCCCCUUCCUCGCCCCUCCUCCUCCUCUUCCUCCCUUGUCACUGACAGCUCCACUCAGUCCCGCCAGACGUGAGGAGCUUCUGGGGUUAGGAGGACGUCACCACCACCAUUAUCAGCACCGCCACCACGGGAACCAAGGCGAGCUCCUCCGCCGGAUCCGAUCCAAGACGCCUCUCGCCGGGGGGAACCGAGCCGGCUUGAGGGGCGUGGGGGUGGCUGUCCGCGUGAUUUUUUUAUUUUUUUUUUCCCUUUGGGAGGGGAGGAUGUGGUGCAGCUUCCACACCAGCUAACCAGGUGUUCGAAGUCAAGGCCCAGUGCUGGAUCGCAGUGCGGUGAGGACCCUUGAGACCACGGAGGGUGCAUGGAGGGCUCAAGGCCCGUAAGUCCGAGGCGGUCGGCCUGUCUCCGCUUAGGACUGGUUUCAGCGGCCAUCGCCUUCCUCGGUGCGGAGGCCCGGAGCACCCCGAGCCCGCCGCUUCACCCCGACAACGCCACUUGCCUGGGGAACUCCAAAUGCACCCCCGGCAUCAUCUUGCCCAUCUGGUACCCCGAGGACCCGUCCAUGGGUGACAAGAUCGCGCGGGUCAUCGUGUACUUUGUGGCCAUGAUCUACAUGUUCCUGGGCGUGUCCAUCAUCGCCGACCGCUUCAUGGCGGCCAUCGAGGUCAUCACGUCCCAGGAGAAGGAAGUGCUGAUCCGCAGGCCGAACGGCGAGACCACCACGGCCACCAUCCGCGUCUGGAACGAGACGGUGUCCAACCUGACUCUCAUGGCGCUGGGCUCUUCGGCCCCGGAGAUCCUGCUGUCCGUCAUCGAGGUCUGCGGCCACGAGUUCAAAGCGGGCGAACUGGGGCCGUCCACCAUCGUGGGCAGCGCCGCCUUCAACAUGUUUGUCAUCGUGGGCCUGUGCGUGUCCGUCAUCCCCCAGGGUGAGGUGCGCAAAGUCAAGCACCUGCGAGUGUUCUUUAUCACGGCCGGCUGGAGCAUCUUUGCGUACAUCUGGCUCUACAUGAUCCUGGCUGUGUUCUCGCCCAACGUGGUUCAGGUUUGGGAGGGCCUCCUGACGCUGGCCUUCUUCCCCAUCUGCGUGCUACUGGCCUGGGUGGCCGACCGCCGGCUUCUCUUUUACAAGUUCAUGCGCCGCAAGUACCGCGCCGACAGACACCGCGGCGUCAUCAUCGAGAACGAGCCCGAUCGCUCCUCCAAGGGCAUCGAGAUGGACGGCAAGAUGGUCAACUCCCACUUCGCCGACGGCGGCGUCAGCCCCGCGGGCCCGACGGAGGUCCGGGAGGCGGACGAGUCCCGCCGCGACAUGAUCCGCAUCCUCAAGGACCUGAAGCAGAAGCACCCGGAGAAGGACCUGGACCAGCUCGUGGAGAUGGCCAACUACCACGCGCUGUCCCACCAGCAGAAGAGCCGCGCCUUCUACCGCAUCCAAGCCACGCGCAUGAUGACGGGCGCCGGCAACAUCCUGAAGAAGCACGUGGCCGAGCAGGCCAAGAGGUGCGCCAGCAUGGGCGAAGUCCGCGCCGACGAGCCCGAGGAGUACGUGUCGCGCGUGGCCUUCGAACCCGCCGCCUACCAGUGCCUGGAGAACUGCGGCGCCGCCAUCCUCACCGUCACCCGGCGGGGCGGCGACAUGGGUAAGACCGUGUGCGUGGACUACAAGACGGAGGACGGCUCGGCCAACGCGGGCGCCGACUACGAGUUCACCGAGGGCACGCUGGUCUUCAAGCCCGGCGAGUCCCUCAAGGACAUCAGCGUGGGCAUCAUCGACGACGACAUCUUCGAGGAGGACGAGCACUUCUUCGUGCGCCUGGGCAACCUGCGCGUGCUGGAGACGGAGGAGGAGCUGCUGUCGGCUAACAGCCUGCCGUACCCCAAAGCGGCGCUGGGAUUCCCCGCCGUGGCCACCGUCACCAUCCUGGAUGACGACCACGCCGGCAUCUUCACCUUCGAGAGCGGCGCGCUGCACGUCAGCGAAAGCGUCUGUGUCAUGGAGGUCAAGGUGCUGAGGACGUCGGGCGCGCGGGGCACGGUCAUUGUGCCUUACCGCACCCUGGAGGGGCUCGCUAAGGGGGGCGGCGAGGAUUUUGAGGACGCGUACGGCGAAUUGGAGUUCAAGAACGAUGAGACCUGCAAAGUCAUUCAGGUGAAAAUCAUCGAUGACGAGGAAUACGAGAAGAACAAGAACUUCUUCCUGGAGCUGGCAGAGCCUCGUAUGGUGGACGUGAGUCUCCAGAAAGACGUACCGGACAGGAAGUUGACGUCGGACGAGGAGGAAGCCAAGCGCAUCGCCGAAAUGGGCAAGCCAGUUCUGGGCGAGCACGCCAAGUUGGAGGUCAUCAUUGAGGAAUCCUACGAGUUUAAGAGCACCGUGGACAAGCUGAUCAAAAAGACCAACCUGGCUAUGGUGGUGGGCACCAAUUCGUGGAGAGAGCAGUUCAUGGAGGCCAUCACCGUCAGCGCAGACGAGGACGAGGAUGACGCGGGCGAGGAGCGUCUGCCGUCGUGCUUCGACUACGUCAUGCACUUCCUGACCGUGUUCUGGAAGGUUCUGUUCGCCUGCGUGCCACCCACCGACUACCUGAACGGUUGGGCGUGCUUCGUGGUGUCCAUCGUCAUCAUCGGCCUGCUCACCGCCAUCAUCGGCGACCUAGCGUCGCACUUUGGCUGCACCAUCGGCCUCAAGGACUCGGUCACUGCCGUCGUCUUUGUGGCGCUUGGGACCUCCGUGCCAGACACGUUCGCCAGCAAGGUGGCGGCGGUGCAGGACACGUACGCCGACGCCUCCAUCGGCAACGUGACCGGCAGCAACGCCGUCAACGUGUUCCUCGGCAUCGGCCUGGCGUGGUCGGUGGCCGCCAUCUACUGGCACAACAAGGGAAAGCCCUUCGUGGUGGAGGCCGGCUCGCUUGCUUUCUCCGUCACGCUCUUCACCAUCUUCGCCUUCCUGGCCGUCACGGCGCUGCUGUACCGGCGGCGGGCGCAUAUCGGGGGCGAGCUGGGCGGGCCCCGCGGGCACAGACUGGCCACGUCGGGCUUCUUGUUCAGCCUGUGGUUCCUCUACAUCCUCUUCUCCAGCCUGGAGGCCUACUGUCAUAUAGAAGGCUUUUAGAUGGACAGGACUUCAUCCGAGAAGGACCACGAGAGGCACGGUAUGACAUUCAACCACGCCCUUGUUUCUCCCGCCAGCCCGCCGUCCACACACACACACACACACUUCAAGCCCUUCCGCUGGGCUUACACGGAAGGCGGUGCUGCCCACCCUACGCAGACCUCCCGGGGGAUUGCCCAGAAGAUGCCAAGGAACGGGGUCCAGCAUUCCACCAGAAGGAGAUAACUGCAGUCUUACACCUUUUGGAGAGAAUCUAUUUUUCUCAACACCGUGACCUGGAGCGACACUUUUUUUAAAGAAAAGUAUUUUGGCGAUAAAACUGCAAAAAAAAAAAGAACAAAAUAAUAGCAGAACCAGAUGCAGGAGGGAGUCGGAGUUUAUUUUUAUUUAUCUUUUUUGUGCUGCAGAAGUCACAACCACAGACAGUUAUGGAACACGACUUCCAUAUUAUCUCUAUAUCAGUAUAAAAAUAUGAUAGAUUUAAUGAUUUUCUGUAUAUUUUCACCAUUCAAGUGCGCUCAUGCAAGGAACGAGCGAUGCGACUCCAUACCGGAACGAUGUCUUGACCUUUUUAAGAAUCACGCCUAUUUUAGUCAUGAAUGGACUCAUCUCCGUCUCACGCCAACUUUCACACCUUUUUCAAUCAAAAAGAAGAAGAAUGAAAGAAGUGUUGCCGCAGAGAUACAGAGGAUACAUUCAGAGAGGUAUUUUUCUAAUGUUUCCUUCCAUUGCACUUUGCUGUAGACUUCGAUGUAUGGAGCACUUUGCAAGCAAGAAGAAUUGAUGUGAAAAUGGCCCCCUUUAAAAAAAAAAAAA